AUGGCAGUAAGCAAAAGAAGAAUAUCGCAGAAAUGUAGGAAAUCCGCUGAUGACGAAUGCCCAUCAUCGGCAGAGGAAGAAAUCAGAUUUGAUCCAAACAAGAAGAUCUUAAGAGCCAAAAGAAGGAACGAGCGGGCCCCAGGGCCAAGAGCAAGCCUAUUUGGAAAACCUGCAGCAAAACAGUACACCACAGAACAGAAAUUAAAAGGCCUUAACCAGUCCUUUAUUGAGUCUGUGAGCAAGGCGUACAACAUAGACAAUACAUACAACUUUACAGAGAUAUCCAAUGAGUAUACCACGUAUAGAGAAGGCAUAGUGGGAAGCGGCGAGCACUCUAAGAAUACAACUCCUCUAAGCAGCGAGCAGAAGAAAGACAUUUCAAAUAUUCUGCGCGCUGGCCUUGGUUCAAGUGCCCAGGCACCAGCACAGCCCGAUGAGUCACAGAUGAAAAUGGCCCAGUUCAUUCUAGGCCAGCACGGCGGUGCAAACAACAACUUGUUUGGAAGCAUUGGUGGCGGAAACACUUCUGGUCUUUUUGGCAUGAAUAAUAAUGAAAGCCCAAUGAACAGCGGGCUGUUGAACAGUGAAGCCAACCGCAUGGGCACUAACCAGCCCCAAGGUGUAAAGAUGGAAAUAACAGAAAAAUCUGAAGACCUGCCCAUAGAGAAAGAACACAGAAAGAUAAAAGAAGUAAAGGAUCAAACAAAAACUACAAAAGAAGUAAAAGAAGAAGCAAAAGCCGCAAAGAAUGCAAAAGCUAACAGCCAUGCAGCAGAUAAAAAGAGCAGCUUAAGUACUAGUGAGAAGGCGGACAAUGAAGAUAUCAAGCAUCCAAGCGAGGCCAAUAAUAAAAAAGAAGGCAAGCACUCCAAGAAAAUAGAGACACCAACCAGCCACAAAAAAGAAGAAUCUCCAAAAAAGAGGGAGGAUUCUAAAAAUGAAAAGAGUGUUCAGAGCAGUAGUGCUCCAUCCGCAUCUCCAGAAGUUUUAUUUGACCUGACAUGUAAAGUGUUCGCCAGAAAAACAACGCGGUUUGAGGACCUUGGAUUUCAUCGGGUAGUAGUGCGAGUGAUUGAUGGGGAAAGAAAUAUUGUUGUAUAUGAUAAUAAUAAGAAGAAAAAAGAAACAGAAAUGCUUUCUGUCUCUCUUAAUAAGUCAUCGAUUCAGUCAGACAAGUCUCGCAAGGAACUUGCCUUUGUUGACCCUUCUAGUACUUUACUGUACAAAAUAAAACUGGCAACUCAUGAAGAUGCAGAUAAAUUGAGAAAUGCAUGCAACAAGACUGGCUAA